AUGUCGUCAUUUAUAAAUCAUAGAAAUGACAGUACAGUGAACGUUGUGGAAGCCUCAUCGAAGGAUAACGUUACAUACUAUAAGAUCGUUGUUAAAGUGGGCUCUGUGCAGUGGGAUGUGUCGCAUCGGUACAGUGAUUUUGUGGAACUUCACGAGAAGUUAGUUAACGACCAUGGCGUGGCAAAAGAUUUAUUGCCACCAAAAAAAGUUAUACGUAAUAAGACACCGAAAUUUGUUGAACAAAGACGAGAAGCUUUAAACGAGUACUUAAAAAAUGUAUUUAAGUACCUGUUGCUGACUAUGCCUCCGGAGUUCGCACAUUUCUUAGAUUUUCAUUUGUAUGAUAUAUUUUUCUUACUACAAGAUCUGGCCAAAAAACUUUUCUUGGAAGGCGAUAAAUUGUUAGAAAAUGAGAAGUCACACAAAUUUACUUUAAUUGAGUUACACGCUAUAAGUGAAAGGUUCAAAAUGGCUUGUCCCCCAACAGAGAAGCAGGACCAAAUGUUUGACUUCAGUCAUAUUCUCGAUUUCUGUUCUCAAGUCAAGUCUCUCAGUAUCGAAGGAAGCUACGAGAAAUUAGGAACCAGUAGCAUAGUACCAAACGAACUGUUCUUUGACUUAAUUCCAUUUAAAUCACUGGUUGAUUUAAGGGUGCUUGGUGUGCCCAUGGGUUGUAUACAAAGUGUUGGGAGCCUGCGUGAUUCACUUGUCAGCCUUUCGGUACACAUAGCAAGUGUUGUAUCAUUGAAUGAAUUUUUACUAGUUGAUGUUUUACAUAAGGAUCAGUCAAGUCUCGCCGACACCGUGAUUUGGAAGAAACUGACAGUCAUAAACUUCGCGAGUAACAACAUAAACAAUGUCGACUGGGCGAUUAAAUUGGUUCCGAAAUUACAGCAUCUAAAUCUGUCCUCCAACAAACUAUCUGAACUCUGCGAUAUAUCAUGCCUUCAUGACUUGCAAGUACUCAACUUAUCUAUGAACCGCUUCUCCACAUGUCACAAUUGGCACGCUAAAAUAGGUAACAUAGUAAAAAUAGACCUUUCUCAAAAUAAAAUUGAAUCUCUGCAAGGUUUCUCCAAACUGUAUUCACUGGAGAGUCUCGAUCUCAGUUGUAAUUUAAUAACCGACGUCGAGGAAGUACAGUAUAUAUGUAACUUACCGUGUUUAGAGUAUUUGUGGUUGACAGCUAAUCCUGUGGCAUCGUCCAUAGAUUAUAGAGUUAAAGUCAUUGAGCAGUUCAACGCUCGGAUGUCAGAAAUUUGCCUUGAUAAUGAGAAAGCUUCGGAAAAAGAACUCGAUACUGCUAGAGUAUUGCAAGCAUUGAGGAUAGUUAAGGAAGGUAAAACACCGAGCUUCUUAAAAAAUAACAAUACAAGUCACAGUUUUAAUAAGAGUUGACGACAAAUAACUGUAAAAAUUAAUUACUAGGUGUAAGAUUUAUUAAAUUAAAUAAGAAAUAAAUGUUUCAUAUGAAUAAAUUA